GUUAAUAGAAGCUUGUUUGUCGUGUUGGUGUCGGUUUUCUCUGAUUGCGUUGGCGUGCUAAGCGAAUUUUUUUUAAUUGUACUGCAUGAAUUGUAUCGUUGAACUAGAAAAUAGUGUGUAAUUCCUGUGGGAACAUUGCCGAAGAUACGUUUAGGUAUAAUCUUAUAAAUUGCGGUCGAGUGGGACCACCAUGAGUUACUACCGACCAAGUUUCAGUCAAGCUGUCGCUAUGACCCGCGGUCGCGGAUUUUCUUCGUCCUAUCGCGGAUCCGGUCGUUCGUCGUGGGGCGGACCGUCCGAUAGAGGACGCGGAGGAUACGGGUCGAGUAGAGGCAGAUUUCCGCCGUAUUCCAGCACUAUAGAGUCGAGGUCGAAGUAUUCAACUUCUGGCGAUCGUUAUACGAGUUCGUCUAGAGGUUAUGAUGAUUACCACAAAUCAUACCGCGGGGAGCUGUCAAGUGGAGGAUAUCCCGGUCGUGACGGCGCACGUUCACCCGAACGCAAACGCUUGAGACCCGAGGCAGCAAGUUCGCGACGAAGCCAUGAAGGUGACAGUUUCAACAGUUCAAGUGGCAGAUACCCUUCGAAUAGCUUUUCAGAGCGCAGGAGUUUCUCACGCGACAGACGGCCGCCUUCUUAUUCCACAGGCAGAGAUGAAUUUCGGCGACCGACAAGACCCAUUUCUAGUACCCCUCGAGGAGGGUAUCGGGGACGUAUCAGCACUAGAGGAAUGCGAGGUGCACAUCUUAGAGCAGUGCCUCCACGCAGACGUCUGAUAGAGAGCUCCUAUGCUAUUCGGAAACGUUUACCGCCGCGAUUGACAACAUCUGAUUACGCAAGGAGACUUAAAAUUUCUAGAUUAAGGAGUGCUAUUUCGCAUCACGUUAUUCGGAAGCAUGACGAUGAUGAGGAAGAGGAUGAAAGCGAUAAGGAAGAGAGUGAAGAGAAGGAUGACAAAGAAGAAAUCGAUGGAAGCAAGAAGGAAGAUGAAGAGAUGGAAAAUGGUGAAGAUGGAAAAGAUGAGGACAGUAAAGAGAAAAAGGAUUCUCCUAAAAAAGUCAAAAAGGAACUGUCCGACAGCAAAAAUGAGAGUGAAAUUGAAAAGAAGAGAAAAGACUUCAUCAAACUGGCUUGUCCCCAUUGCAAUAUUAGGUGCGUGACUUUCAACAAGUACAGCAUUCAUUUGCAUAGUGGCCGACAUAUGACGGCCAUGCGCUACGUUGCUAUGAAGCAGAAAUCCAUUUUGGCACGCAUGCGUCUUACACAACGCAAUGCUCAACGCGAACUCGAGAAGUCCACAGAGGAUUUGGCGCCUCGUACAAACUUCUGUCCUCUGUGCAAGCUGAACUAUAAGCAACCCAAGGCGACUCAUCAGGCGUCCGAGGCCCAUAAGAGUAUGAAGAAGUUUUUGAUGCCAUAUUGUCGUUUUUGCAGCAUUACUUUUAAAAGUCCCAUGCUGUACGAGACGCACAUCUGCUCAAUUGAACACAUCAAGCGUAAAGCCAGAAAUUUGAAUGCCGAUAAGCCGGAUCGAGAGGAUAUGUCUGGAAAUGAGGAAGACAAUUUAGAAAACUUCAUGACCAUCGAUUCCAUUGGAGAUUUCGAUGAAGAAGAAGAGGCGAAGAAAAACGAAGGUGGUGAAGGUAAAUCGAAGGAAAAGAUCGAUGUCGGAAUCGAGCAAAUUCGCAAAGUCGAAGUUUACUAUUGCGAACUGUGUAAAAUGUAUUUGCCUCGAGUGGAGGAGGGCGGACUGGAAAAGAAUCUUUCUAAACAUUGCAAACAGCGUACUCAUAUGCAGCGAUACAUACGGUACAAAGAAGAUAAGGAGUUGGCAAAUCAUGCGGAACGCUUGCAGCGUAAGGAGACGGCCGAGAAGGAACGCGAAAAGAAUAAGAAUAAGGAACAAGGGGAACCAGACAAAAAGGAAUCUAAAACUGACGAGAAGGAAAAGUCUGGCGAAGAUGAAGAGAAUAUUGAUGAUAAACUAUGGGCAGAUGACGUUAAUAAAGAUCUUGGCGAUAUAUUAGCGGAAGCGGAAUCGGGUAAUAAGAGUUCGGAUGAGGACGAAGAUGCAGGUGGGCAACGAUACGACAGGUUACGUUACAGCGAAAAAGAUGGCGAAGUAAAAAAAGAUGGGGAGCCAAAGGACGAAGCAGCAACCGAAAAGAAAACCGAGGAUAAGGUUGAGGAAGCUAAAUAAAUACCUAUAAUUAUGAACGUUUCUAGUAUACAAUGUUAAAUUAUAUAAGUGUACUUUUUUUAAAAUUUAGUUUCAUAAUUUUAGUUUGUAGAUGUUAAGAUAAUUCGUGUACUGCUGUGUAGCAAUAGCAUUGUAAUUAUAAUAAAUGUUUCGACAUUCAA